UUUCCCUGCAGCCUCCGAUGUCGCUCUGCCCUGCAGCAUCUUGCACCCAUCCCCCAAGGGUCAGGGCUCCUCCCAGAGGGUUACUGCAGAUAAGAACUGAGCAGAAGUUGGUGAAGUCACGUGUAGCCUUCUAGUUCCUGCAGCUAUGGUGGGUGCUGAGAGGGACGACUAUUUUGAUCCUGCUCCAGCUGCAGCACAGAUGGGGCUCCCCUGGGGUUGCGGCCGCCCCAGCCUCACCGGCCAUGCCAGCGGCUUCCUGACUUCCCUCAUCACUCUGCACCUUCUCCAGCUGGGCUCAGCCCAGCUCACAGUGGUGGGACCAGGCCACUCUGUCACUGCCACCGUGGGGCAGGAUGUCGUGCUGCCCUGCCACUUGUCCCCUCAACACGAUGCUCGCACCUUGGAGGUCAGGUGGAUCCGGGCCAAGUUCUCUAAGACAGUGCACCACUACCGCAAUGGAGAGGACCUGUACGGGGAGCAGAUGGGGGCAUAUGCCGGGAGGACAGAGUUGGCCAGGGAUGGUCUCUCUGCUGGAAGCCUGCACUUGCGAAUCACGGGGCUGAGACCCUCUGAUGAUGGCCAGUACGUCUGCACUGUGAGAGAUGCUCAUGUUUAUGACGAAGCCAUUGUGGAGCUGGAGGUGGCAGCCACAGGCACUGACCCCCACCUCUCCCUGGGAGGCUACGAGGCCGGAGGCGUCCGGGUGCUGUGUCGAUCGGCCGGCUGGUACCCGCUGCCGCAGCUGCUGUGGAGGGAUGCUCGCGGCAACCUGCCCUCGGUCUCCCAGACACAUUCCCAGGACCAGGAGGGGCUCUUUGAAAUCGAAGGCGCCGUCAUCAUGACCGGGAGCGUGGAGGGGCCCUUGUCCUGCGUGGUCAGGAAAAGCCGCCUCCAGGAGGAACGGGAAUCAUCCCUGAACAUUGCAGCUCCCUUUUUCAUAAACGCCCAGCCCUUGAUAGUGGUUCUGGUCCUGGUCCUGGUGUUUUUGGCUGUGUCCAUUGGCCUCGGUGUUUAUCUCUUUCGAAAGCAAGCGGCACAGAGCCGAGAGCUGGCAGCGAAAAAGGAUGCAGAGCUGGGGAAACAAGCUGCAGAGAUAGAGGAAAAAGAUGCAAGACUGGAUGAACAAGCUGCAGAGCUCGAGAAACAAGCUGCAGAGCUGGCAUGGAGAAAGUCUGUCCUGCCUCAUAAUAGAGUGAAGGUGACCCUGGAUCCACGCACGGCUCAUCCCUGGCUUGUUGUGUCUCAGGACAACAGCAGUGUGAGAUGGGAAAGUGAAUGGGAGCAGGUUCCUGACACACCAGAGAGAUUUGACGUUCGGAUGUGCGUGCUGGGCUGUGAGGAGUUCAGAGAGGGGAGGCACUGCUGGUUGGUGGAGGUGGAGGGAGAGUGGCUAAAGUAUUCUUGGUGGGCUGUGGGGGUGGCCAGGGCUUCUCUGAAGAGAAAAGGGAAGAUCAAAAUGAGCCCUACAGCAGGGAUCUGGGCUGUGCUGUACUAUGAGGGGCACCUCAAGUCUCUCACAUCUCCUCGCACUCCCUUGUCCCUGUCCCCUGUCCCCACGAGGAUCUGGGUCUGUCUGGACUGUACCCAGGGGCAGGUGUCUUUUAUCAACGCUGACAAUGGGGUCCAGAUCUUCACUUUCACAGCAGCCUCCUUCAAUGGGGAGAGCAUCCGCCCCUGGUUCUUGGUGGAGACACUGAGAAUUCAGAUGUGUCUGCGGGACAGCACCCCCCAGACCCUGUCCCCAGCCCUGGGGGGCUCCGGCCCUUCUCCAGACACUCCUGCAUCACCUCUCCUUGGUCCUGCAGGAGCAGCACAGGAAUGAGGUGCACUGGGGCCAGGGGCUGCUCCUUUAUUCCUCUUUGCUGCUGGAGGAGGACUGGGAUGCUGCAAGCAGGGGCCAGGCCCCUUGCAGCCCCUGGGUUCUGCCCUGCACACAGCUCCUGUGCUGGGGCACAAGCCCUGAUGGCACCCACGGGUCUCACCCUGCCUCUGAGCCCCAGCAGGCAACACAGGGGCUGCAGCAGCACUCCACACUCCUCUCCCCUCUGCUUACAGACCCCAGGGCAAGGGAUGUGGUCACUGUGUGCUGCCGGCAAUUGCAGGCCACCUUUGCCUCCUAGGUUGGGGUUGAUCUUUGCUCUGUGCCUGGUGCUGAGCAUGAGCAGCCUGUGGGGGCUCUUUGUUCCUUCCUCUGGAGUAUAUGUAUCCAAGGCCCAGCAGCAGCAGGACUGUGUCAAAUAAAGUUUUGUACAGGAA